CUCUCUUUACAUGAAUGGUAGCCCACAGAGACACCCAACUCUUUCUAAAGCUUUUCUUUUUCUCUUUCUUCAUUUCCUCUCUCUGUCUCUGUCUCCUUCUCUCUCCACAGGUUUGAGGAGAAGGAGCUCUCACAAAUUCAUCCCUUUUAUCUCUCUCUACGGUUGUGAGUGAAUGCUCUUUUCCUACUCUGCUAAAGCAAAGACCCCCCUCCCGCAAAGUUCUGAUCUUUGAGACUCUAUAACCGAUUUUACACUGCUAUUGAUGGACUUGGAGAUGGAAAUAGUUGGGACUAUCAAUGGUGGGAGUCAUGUGGCGAGAUUGGGGGUUGAGUGAUGGGUUUGUCUAAUUUGAUCUAUUUCAGAAGUCUGCAUUCUGUCCAUGGCCUCAAGGUCUGGUGCCAAAACUUCUUCGGAAAAGCAGAGGAAACUAAUCGGUAGUCACACAACUGAAGGCAAUAUCUGCAGGCCUUCACCUUUACAGAUCACAAAGACCAGCAAAUCGGAGCCAGUUACACCAAGAAAAUUUCCCAACACUGUGCAACACAUCACACCAAACCAGGUCUCUGUAGAAAACAAAGAGGAUAAAAGAUCGCCAAGUUCUCAUCAAAAGGCAUCCAACAGUUCUUUAGCUGUAAAAUUUAAUUCAAGUCUAUCAUUGGGUGAGCUAAACCAAGUGCCAGCUUGUGUAAGUCCUGUCGUGAAUGAGACUAAUGGUUCACCUGAAGGUGGGGCUGAUCAAGAAAAGAAAACUUCUGACCAUGGAAUUAGCCCAGCUUCAGCUAAAGUCGGUGAUGGAACCAGCAGUGUUACCAAGACUAGUGGGAGUGCCAAGAUUGGUGAUCGACCUGAUUUUGUUGACAGCGGGAAGAGCAGUAUCUGCAGAGGUAGCACAAGCAGUGAUGUAAGUGAUGAAAGCACUUGUAGCAGCUUAAGUAGCAGUAUCAACAAACCUCACAAAGCAAAUGACAUAAGAUGGGAAGCCAUACAAGCUGUCCGAGCAAAAGUUGGUGUAUUGGGUAUGAGCCAUUUUAGACAUCUUAAGAAGUUGGGUUGUGGGGAUAUUGGAAGCGUGUAUCUUUCAGAGUUGACUGGAACUAAAUGUUAUUUUGCCUUGAAGAUUAUGGACAAAGCAUCUUUAGCAAGCCGGAAAAAACUGCUUCGAGCUCAGACAGAAAGAGAAAUACUGCAGUCUUUAGACCACCCUUUUCUCCCAACCUUGUAUACCCAUUUCGAGACAGAAAAGUUUUCAUGUUUGGUGAUGGAGUUCUGCCCUGGAGGUGACUUGCACACACUUCGGCAGAGGCAGCCAGGGAAACAUUUUUCUGAACAAGCCGUAAAGUUCUAUGUAGCAGAGGUUCUCCUUGCUCUGGAGUAUCUCCACAUGCUUGGGAUUGUUUACCGUGACCUCAAGCCAGAAAAUGUCCUCGUGAGGGAAGAUGGACACAUAAUGCUUUCGGACUUUGACCUUUCCCUCCGCUGUGCCUACAACCCUACACUAGUCAAGUCUUCUGCACCAGAGUCUGAACUGUUGCGCAAGAACCCAGUUUAUUGUGUUCAACCAGCUUGCAUAGAGCCCUCCUGUAUUCAACCAUCUUGUGUGGCACCUACAACAUGUUUUGGCCCUCGUCUGUUUUCUAGCAAAUCCAAGAAAGAGCGGAAAAACAAGAAUGAAAUGGGAAACCAAGUGAGUCCAUUGCCAGAGCUCAUUGCAGAGCCAACCAAUGCUCGGUCCAUGUCAUUUGUUGGGACCCAUGAGUAUUUGGCACCUGAAAUUAUCAAAGGUGAAGGGCAUGGCAGUGCAGUUGAUUGGUGGACUUUUGGUAUCUUUCUCUACGAGCUUUUGUUUGGCAAGACUCCUUUCAAGGGAUCAGGGAACCGAGCCACCUUAUUCAAUGUUGUGGGUCAACCACUGCGGUUCCCGGAGUCACCAGUGGUCAGCUUUUCAGCAAGAGAUCUGAUAAAAGGGUUACUGGUGAAAGAACCACAGCAUAGGUUGGCAUAUAAGCGAGGAGCAACCGAGAUUAAGCAGCACCCUUUCUUCGAAGGCUUAAAUUGGGCUUUGAUUCGGUGCGGAAGCCCACCCGAGAUCCCAAAACCGGUUGAGAUCGAGCGAAUUCCAAUCCCCACGGCGUCAACUAGUGAAAAAUCUGCUUCUGCAGCUUGCCCUGAUCAAAAGUAUUUAGAAUUCGAUUUCUUUUAGUUGUUUCCAGAACCAAUCUGCAAUUUGUUUUUUGAUUUUGUUGUUUUUGCUCGAGAAAGAUGUAGAGUUCUGAAAAUGUUGAUCAUGUGAAAAUUAGGGUUUUUUUUUUUUUUUUCUAUAUCCAUUAUGACAAUAUGUUUGAUGUUUUGAUGAAAUAUUUUCAAAAUUGUAUUCCAGAAGUAUAUUCUCGGUUCCUUCC